GAACGUCUCUGCAUUUUCGCCAUCAUCAGUGUGAGAAGAUGGGACCGCCUUGCUGGAAGGGGUUUGGUAGGGUGUCACUCUGUCACAUCGCUUUCUCGCAACGGCAAAAGAUCAGUGUUAAGAGGCUCUGAAGGGGCCCUGGAGUAUGACGAUUCGUCCCAUCUGGGACGGAUUACCGAGAAGAGACGUGGUAAGAAAGUGUCUCUCAGAGGUAAGACGGAUAUAUACAGUCGAGAGCACUCUUGAAAUCCAGUCUACAUUAUCUCCCUCAAUCCCUGCUAUACCUGUACCACAUCCUUUCUCUAGUUGGCGUCGCAGGCAAGGAUAUAUGGGUGAAGGAUCCCUUCCAACACGAACGAAAGACAACACACGUGCGGCGGCGAAGAUGACUCGCACCGACGUCGAGUUCAAGACCUCCGACAACGUCACCCUGCGUGGCUGGUUCUUCACGCCGUCCAACGUCUCGUCGGGGACGAAACUGCCAUGCAUGAUCCUCACGCACGGCCUCUCAUGCAUCAAAGAGAUGGGCCUGGACCAUGUCGCGUCCAAGUACGUGUCCGACUUGGCGGUGUCGUGCCUGGUGUAUGACCAUCGCGGGUUCGGGGCGUCAGACACGGCAUCGCACGCGCCGAGACAGGAGGUCAACACCUGGUUGCAAGCGAACGAUACGCGCGAUGCGGUCACGUACGUCCAGACACGGGAGGACGUGGACAAGAGCAAGAUCGGCGUGUGGGGAUACUCAUUGUCCGCGAUCCACGCGGUGUAUGUGGGCGCGAUUGAUCGGAGAGUCAAGGCCGUGGUUGCGCUGGGCCCGGGGAUGGAUGGGACGGAGAUUUGUAAGAGGUUGGCGGCGCCGCAUGCGUUGAAUGCAAUGCAGGGGCUUUUCGAGAUGGAUCGGCUUGCGAGGGCGAAGGGCGAAGAGCCGAUUAGAGUGCCUGUCAUCAGUGCAGAGGGUGGCCAGUGUGUCCUGCCGAGUCCGGAGAGUACGGCUUUUUUUGGCCGGUGGGUGGGCAAGGAUGAUGAGAGGGGCUGGAGGAAUGAGCUUACUUUGAGGAGUCUCGAUGAUGUGUCGACAUAUUCGACGGCCAUGGCACACCUGGAGAACUUGUGCCCGACACCGGUGUUCUUUGGCGUGGCGAGCAGAGAUACGAAUAGUCCGGCGGACAUGGUGAUGAGGCAGUAUAACAAACUGAGCGAGCCGAAGGAGUAUGCCAUCGUGGAUGCGGACCAUUAUGAGCUCAUGGGCAAGGCGAGGGACGUCUUGCAUCCAAAGGAGGUUGCGUUCUUGAAGAAGUGGCUGUCUCUGUAAGCUGCGACAUUUUUUAUCUGAUGUUGUUGCCCUGCUCCGACCGG